GGAUUUUUUUGCUCAGCGAUAUUUUGUCCGACAGCAGAGCCAGUUUCUCGUCGAGUUCCUCCAAAAACUGCAAGACAUUUUGUAUAUUCAACUGAACACGUGCCAUGCUGUCAGUGACCUCAUCACCUCCCGGUGUAUUUGGAUUGUCUAGACAAAACACAAGUUAAAGGACCUGCCCAUCUUGUUUAUCUUCUUGCAGAAGCUUCUGGUCUUCUUCAGAAUCUGAAACUGAAGUUUGAAAUAUAAUGAGGAAUGUGACGGUCAUGUGGGGUUGGGCACAAACUGACCUGCGUCCGACGACAUGAUGAAGCGGAUCCUGAAGCGCUUUGUUCAGCGCAAACAGGUGAUUUCAAAGCUUCUAAUGAGUGUGUGUGGGUGGGCUUUGAAUUCACAGGUGUUCUUCCUUCCCAGUGAUUUCUAUAGUUUCUCGAAUUUGAACGCCAAGUAACUAAAACAACACAAAUAUUUGACUGGUGAAUUUAAUUCAGUAGUACUGUCUCUUUAAGAAAAUCGACGUCAUUGUUUGUGGGCGUAACCCGGAAGGCACGUUCGCUUCUUGAGCUGCAUGGUUGUGGAAGAUGUCAAAUCGACUCCUGCUGUUUUAUGAAGUUUGUUUUUGACACGGGGGUUAAAUUAGUUACAUCCCGACUGAGUCGCGGUUUUGUUUUAUUGCGACGACCAGAAGGCAAGAUGUGUAACGAGCUGAAGACGAAAGUGUUGCGUUUGCUACCGGCAAACUGCAAUGGACCUCUCUCUCUGAAGGCGCCCCACACGGAAAUCCUGAGCCGCACCGUGCAGGCGCUGAAGGAAGGCCAGGUGGUCGGGGUGCCCACGGACACCAUCUACGGCCUGGCGUGUCUGGCUCAGAACCGUGACGCCAUCAAAAAAGUCUACGACAUCAAAGGCCGAAACCAGCAGAAACCGCUCGCCAUCUGUGUCGGAGAAAUUCCGGAUAUUUACAAGUACUGUGACGUGAAGGUGGAGAAGGCGCUGCUGGAGGACCUGCUGCCGGGGCCGGUGACCCUGGUUUUCGAACGAGCUGAAGUUCUUAACAAAGAUCUCAACCCUUUUACAAAACUUGUGGGUGUGCGGAUCCCAGACCACCCUUUCAUGAGGCGUCUUUGCCAAAUGUGUGAGGAGCCGCUCGCUCUCACCAGUGCCAACAUCAGCUCCCAGACCAGCACAGUGGAAGUGAACGAGUUUCAGGAUCUCUGGCCUAAACUAGCAGUGGUGGUGGACGGCGGACCAAUAGGAGACCUGAAUCGCCUGGGGUCCACAGUGGUCGACUUGUCAGUGCCCAGCAGGUACCGCAUCAUAAGGCCGGGAUGUGCCUUCUCCGCCACGGUUGACGUGCUGGAACACAAAUACGGACUGUCAGAGGAUUCUGGAGGAAAAUGACCUCUGACCGCUUCAGAACUCUGUUGCUGAAACCAAAGCCAGAGAGGGCUGGAUGGGUGGUGUGGCCGUGACACGGAGGAUGGAACUCCUACUGAUGUCCAGUAAUAAUGGCCUCGAGGGGAACUUCUUCUUUAUUUAUCUUGUGGCAACUGUCCCUGGGACCCUUUUCUUUUGUCUUUCUUGCAUUCUUGCAAAACCAAACCGGGGUCACCUCCAUACUCAACUGCACUAGCCACUUAUGCUAUCGGUCUACUUUAAGUGGUGAUUCUAAAAAGUUACCAGGGGCAAAAGUUAUUUAAAUAGUCAGUGCGUUUGCUAUAAAACUUUGUGGUAUCAGAGGGGAAAUUCACAUCAUUAAGUUAGAGUUAAUAUUUUAUUCACAGUUUUGAUAUUCGCUGUGUAAAACUGCACUGUAUAUAGCUUUCUAUUGAUAUUUCCCUCUUCACAAAGAGAUGGUCCAGUGUGUAUAAAAGUGAGUUUUUACUUUGUUUUAUGGAAAUAUAUUAUUCAGAAUUUGGUUGGAAUGUUGAAUAUUUUAAAAUGUAUUUGGUUGGUUUCACAUUGACUGUUAAAUGUGUCUGGAACUGGAAUGUUUUUUGGGUUUGUUUUUUUUUGGAA